AUGUCUGGCUUCAGCAACGCGGAUACCGGCUCCAAGAAUGCCGACCCUUACACCCAGAAGAACAUCGAGGAGCCCUCUCUUAAAGAGAAGUGCGAGGACCUGCUCAACUUCGUCGACAAGACCAAGUUCUGCCUGUUGACCACACAGGUUGCAGACAGCGACCUCCUGGCCUCAAGAGCCAUGGCUGUUGCUGCCAAGGAGGGACAUGGCUUCGACCUCCUUUUCCACACCAACACCGAGUCCGGCAAGACCGACGACUUGAAGGAGCACAAGUCCGUCAACAUCGGCUUCAUCAACAGCUCCGGCGAGUGGGCAUCCAUUUCCGGUCACGCUUCCAUCGAGACAGACCGUGAUGUCGUCCGCAAGCACUAUUCACCAGCGCUCAAGGCCUGGAUCGGUGAUCUCGGCGACGGCACACACGACGGUGGCCCAGAAGACCCGCGUAUUGGCAUCAUCCGCGUCAAGGUCAGCACGGCACAGUACGCUAUCUCCAAGAGGACACAGAUCGGUGGCUUUGUGGAGCUAGCAAAGGGCAUUGCGACUGGAGAGGCACCAAGCGUCAACAAGCUGAGGCACCUUGAUGAGGCGGAGAUCCAACAGUACAGGUCUCAGUAG